AAAUGAAAGCAAACACUGGCCAUAACCGCAGCAUCGACAGCCGCGGGCGGAAGCAGAGGGCGACGGCUUUCAGGUACAUCGAGCAGAGGCCGAGAAAUGGGCGCGCUCUGUCUAGUCUUCCCGUCCACGCCGCCGUCCUGCCCAUGCGGCGCCGGCGCGGCCCGCUCGAGCGUGCCUAUGCUCGUGGCUUCGCCUUCCCCUUUCUCCCCGUCGUCCGCUGCCGUCGCCGGUACGCGGCUGCAGCUCCGCGGCAGGAGUAGGGGCCGGCGCGCCGGCGUGGCGAGGGUCGGCGGCGGGGGCGAGGGUGAGGGGGCCAAGGACGCCGGAGCGGCGGCGUUCUUUGGAGAGGACGGUGUGGUGGAGGACAUGGACGGGUACCUCGACUACCUGUCGCUCGAGUACGACUCCGUCUGGGACACCAAGCCUGCCUGGUGCCAACCCUGGACAAUAUUGCUCACAGGAACUGCUGUGGUUGCGUGUAGUUGGGUGCUCCAAUCGGUUAUAGUUACUGCAGGAGUUUCUUUUAUAAUAUGUGCAUGGUGGUACAUAUUUCUCUACUCCUACCCUAAGGCCUACACCGAGAUGAUAGCAGAUAGAAGAAGAAAGGUAGCCAGUGGAGCUGAAGAUACCUACGGGAUGGAGAAAAUCCAGUGAGGAUCACCAGCAGUGCUUCAGUAGAAUGCAGAGCUUUCUUGUUUCUAGCAUUGCUUGCUGAGAAUGGUAGUUAUAGAAUGAUUGGGCAGCUCAAGCUACCCCAGUUGUAUUCAGAUCUGAAAUUGCAACAGCAUCAUGGAAUCAUGCUGCCUUGUUUGUUCAAA